GCGAGGGAUGAUUGGGGGAUGUGUGUAAAGGUGUCGUGUUUACUCUCUCAUCUCAUACAGGAUCAGUAUCUCCGCAUUAUGAAGUGGUUGGGUUGAAAGGUGAACCGCAUUGGGAGGUUGUUCAGUGAUGUGAUGUGUGUGGGUGCAAAAAAGGGGGAUGCUCCUAAAAAGCCAAUUUUCACGUAAAGUGUGUGUGUAUAAGAACAAUUCUGAUUAACAUGCUCAAUUUUAUGCUUUUUAUGCAAAUAAAUUUGCUUUAGUGAUUGCUCUCCCUUUUUUUCUGUGAGGAAGGAUUCCAUAUAGAAUAAAUAAUGUGGUGUGUGGGUGUGUUAUUAUUGCUUUUGCAAGCACAGCAGGAUGAGGGUGUUUUUCUCAUUUCACCAAGUGCAAUGUGAGUACGCGGGGGUGUGCGGAGGAAAUGUGUAAUAUCACCCUGAGACGUCGUUCAAUCAGAUGAUUCCGAGGAGGGCCCUGCAUCCCCUUUCGAGGAAAAAUCAUCGUGUUGAGAAUCCCAAGGGGCCGUCGUAUGACUGGGAUUCCCCUAGCUCAUCGACGGGCACAAUUAAGCGGAGACCCUCAUCGGCACCCCUUAGUACCCCACGGAGGUGCCUAAAUCGCCAAGAUGCUGAAAAUCCAAAUUGUCGUAGUACAUCAGCGCCGCAGGAAAUUGAGGGAGGAAAUUGCUUUGCUGAUGCGCGACGUAGUAGAAUUGAGGGCAGCCAGGAGAGGUGCAUCAAAUCAAAUUUGAGAUUUCCCCGUGUGACGUGGAAGCAGCAAGAGGAAAAAAUCAAUACGCGACCCCAAAAAACAUGUUUGCCACUGGGGCCACCCCCGAAGGUGACUCUGAACAAAUCUGAGAAGACGCCAAUUAGGGUGGCGAAGGCUGAACAACGCACAUCUACUUUCACAUUUCGGGAACUCUUUCGGGAUUUUCCGUCUACCCCAACCGCCACACCGCCACCGUAUCGUCAUCCACCCUCGGUGCUGGCUAAGCAAACAAAAAGUGAACUAAUUGAGUUACAACAAGGUGGCAAGCCCCCCAUCAAGAGGUACUCAUCGAGAAUUCAGAAUGAGUACAUAAUGCUUGGGCCCCGUGAAAGAGCCACCACCCCAACCGCCACCAUGUCGGGGAUCCCACAGACCAAGGGGCGACUCACACCCCAUAGGACAAUCCUCAAAAAUCUCCCUGUACGCCCGAGGAAGGGAACAGUGAAGCAUAUGGAGAACUAUUGCCUCUUUGACCCGAACGUUGAUUUCAUUAAUGAGAAACAACAAGCAUUGGGCGCAGUCAAGGGGAAUGAGAACACGCAGCCCGAGGGGAGUAGUAGUGAGUGCAACGAAGAAGUGAUUUAUGACCAAGAGACGGAGAAUACGGACAAUGGUGUCAAUCUAUCCCUACCAAAAUCAAUAUCGGGAUCCCUUGACUCCGGGGACAGCAUUGCUGGGCAAAUUGAUAAGCCACCACCAAUGUUGGCGCCACUCUCCUUCACUAAUCGCUUCAUGGCCACCAAAAGUAUCUAUGCACGUCCAUUCUCAUAUCACAGCGAUGGCGAUAGUGGCUUUCUCAGUCCUCUAACACCCGAAGAACCACGCUUCGAUGCACCCAUCACCCUACUCGAUCACUGCGACAACAUCCAGGGAUAUAUUGAGAUUUACACGGAUUGGGCCAACUACUACCUAGAACGUGCAAAAUCUAAAAGAAGAGUCGCAGAUUUAUCUGCCGACUGUAGGGAUGGUCUUCUCCUUGCGGAAGUUAUAGAGGCUGUCACAUCCUUCAAAGUACCUGAUAUUGUUAAGAAGCCCAAGACACAGCAACAAAUGCACGACAACGUGAAAGCGUGCCUGACCACACUCCGGUUGAACUGUGUCGGGGGAUUGGAUGCAAUAACGGCCACAGACAUUCAAAGUGGUCGUCUAAAGGCGGUGCUUUCGCUCUUCUUUGCCCUCAGUCGGUACAAGCAGGCAACAAAGCAGAAAGUCUCCAAUACGGGUGUUCUCGCUAAGCAGCAGCAGCAGCAACAACCGCAGCAACAGCAGCAACAUCAGCAACAAGUAGCACCACCACCACCAAUGACGAAUAGACAACUUCCUCUGUCGUAUGCCAAAGCUGGUCCGAAUGGUGGUACGGCCAUUCCUCUACCUGCCACGGUUCUUGUUACGAGGAGGUGUCCCCCGGACAAGGUGCGACCACUGCCACCAACUCCAGGCCAACAAGCUUCCGCUACCACAUUGUCUAAGCAGUCAGGUGCCAUUGCUGGCGAUGGGGGCUCACAGCAAUCCACAGCAUCCAACUCUCCGCUCCAUAAGGGAAACAAUAGUCUGCGUCAUUCGCAACCAAUGGUGAAAGCCCCACCGAGUCCCUACUCCAGUCAAAACUCCAUCCCCAAUGGGAGUAUUACGGGGAGUUUACCCACCGAGGGUGGCCAGAAGCAAUCCAUGUUGCACAAAUUUAAACUCUUCAACCGCGAAAAGUCCGACCGUACGAAGCAACAGACGUCGAAGCGCACCAGCUCCAGCAGUGGCUUCUCCUCGGCACGGAGUGAGAGGAGUGAUUCCAGUCUCAGUCUCAACGAUGGGCAGUAUCAGUGCAAUAAAGUGACUGGACCGGGUGGGAAGAAAGGCGACCAAAAGUCCCAGAAAGUGGGUAGCACGAAGCAGCCGGCAGUUGCAAAGGCGAACAACGCCAAUUCGGUGAAGACAAAAGGGGAGAAGGGGACGUCUGUUGCUGGUAGGAAGGAGUCCGACACUCACAUCCCGGCUGCACCGAAAGUACAAAAGAGCACAGCACCACUAAAGGCGGAGAGUGUCACAUCGGUGGGGAAGAGUAAGCACGCAAUGCAGAAGAUUGAAGUACGUUCCGAGAGUCGCAACAGUUUGUCGAGCAUUUCAAAAUCCAGUGUGAGCGUGAAUGCAAAUACGGGCAUUCCAAAACCCAUGGCAGCAAUUAAGGGUACAACAAAACCACCCGCUUCCGCUGCAAAGGCCGAAGAUGCAGAAGUGCAGAGCAAAUUGGACAUAUCCCCGGCGCCCGUCAAUAUCAACAAACAUCAUCAGGCAAAUGCAUACAUAUCAGCCUCAUCAGAGGUGGACCACAAAACACAAGUAGUUAAUCCAUUAGAGUGCGAGAAGGUGCCCAUCCAGCCGAGUGCAAUGCCCGCAAAUCAGCAUCCACCCAGCAUUGCUAUGACUGAUUCCACCCACUCCAGUUCCACACACAGCACCUCUACGGGUCUCCACUCAAAUUCCAGUGAAUCCAGUGUGAUAUAUCGCCCCAGUUCAGAGUCGGGAUCGGAUAUUUUUCAUUCACGUGCCUCCUUCAUACAGUCACCCCUGCGAACAGUUAUCCCCAAUCGCAAAGUCGACAAGCUUCCACCGCAUCCAGCGUAUCGUGGUGCAUCGGAACCCCUACGUGGUGAUCAAAAAUUCCACACGGUUCCUUCGAAGCAAUCCCUCGGGGAGGAGGAGAAACCCGUGGCUGUGGUACCCAUGAGACCACUCCUGCGUGGCUACAACAGUCACGUGACACUACCCACGAGAGGCUCAAGGAGCCAUCGGCAAUUCAUUGUGCAAGGACUCACGGAGGAGCUAACAAAUCAAGGCUACUGCAGCGAUAGCGAUGGCCUCAAGUCCCUCUCUAGCAAGUACAUGGAGAUUGAUAACGGAUACUUAUCGGAGGGUGGCUCCCCCGGAAAGCAUCUCAUGAGCGUUAUUCGACAGAGACAAAUGCUCCCAACGACAAUUGAAGAGAGAUCUCGAUGUGGUAGACAUGAAAAUGCAGAAAAUUUAGAGGGAAACCUGGAAAUGGAAAUGAACGGUACGAGUACCGGAAGUAAGGGACUGAGAAAUGGAAGAGAGAACUGGAAUAAAAUUCCGGAACCGAAUAAUGGAAUCUGCAAUGAGGCACAACUGAGUCCAACUGCAUCGCGAAAGGAGAAAUGCUCGCCGAGUCACUCUCGACGAAGCCAUUCGUCGUCCAAGGGCGGCUCCAGUCGCACAAAGGUUCCCCAGAGCUUUGGCUACAUCAAACGUACGAACGGUGCAGUGAUGGCGAACAAUAUUGUCCAGGAUGGGCAUCAGCAGAUGCUCAUGGGGCAACAGGGUGUCAAUAGGACGGCACAUGUCUCGGCAGUUCCUCGUACUGGAAAAAUCAAAGUUUCCGGAGGAACACAAACCUGCUCAACGGAUUUGCAAUCAAAAGUUCAUCCAAAUUCUCAGCAUAGAAGUUUCUCUCUCACCGGCCCAGGUGCAGCACAAUUGAGUCAAUCGAUUCGUGAGAGACUUUCAACGGGAUCCCAUAGUUUGCCAAAACCUGGAACGGAUUUGCAAUUCUUCCAUCAUCGUAUGUCAAAUCGUGCCUCGGCAAAAUUGAAUGAUGGUAGCCUCUCGGAUACACAGACGUAUGCCGAAGUUAAGCCAGACUACGGCACCUACGCCAUGUGGCUGAAGCACAGCAAUACAGCCGUGAGUCGUCUAUCGGAAGGGGAUUCCCUCGAGAGUCUCCAGAUAAACCAAAUGGCCGGUGUAAGAAAUCACAAGCUACAGCUGCAGAGGGAUCCAUUCGCCAACAGUUCCAGACUGAAUCGGAGCAAUAGCAUAAGCUAUCUAAGAGAAAGGACAUAUCCAAGGUCAACCAAAUCGGAAAAGAUGUACCCGUCUCUACUGAGUCGCGGUGUCGAUAUGGAAAUUGAGCCGUACUAUUGCCUACCCGUUGGGACGCAGAUGCAACUGGCAUCUGGGAGUGUACCGUGGAGCCAGCCGACGUCGCCCACACCGCCGAAUCGCAGUUUCACGGGUCCACUGUCACCCACACACAACAUUGGGCAACGAUUGCCGUAUCAGAAGAAAAAUGAUGAAGUUCAUGGGAGUGCAGCGUCCCUUCUAUCUGGGGGCUCUUCACUCUAUGGCACAGGAUCGGAUGAUCGGCAGGGCCAGGUUCACGAAGUGCGUCGCCUUAAGCGGGAACUUCUUGAGGCUCGCGAGCAAGUUAUGAGUCUCUCAAGUCAACUGUCCACAAAUGCUCAUGUGGUGUCAGCCUUUGAGCAGAGUCUCUCAAAUAUGACGCAACGCUUCAAUCAAUUGAGCGCCAGUGCCGAGAGGAAGGAUAGCGAAUUGACGGAUCUUCGGCAGACAAUUGAGCUGCUGCGGAAACAAUCAAUUCAAGCGGGUCUCACAUCCGCCCAUAUGCAGAGUAUGGGGGUGCAGGCAAAUUGUCAACCAGUCAAGUCCGAAAAGUCCAUCAGCAGCACCACAUCCACUGGCACCGAUAUGCAGAGGCAUCAUAGUUCGGAUUCAAUGUGUUCCCUCAAUUCCAUCAGUUCCGGCUGUUCGACGCAGGAUAAGAAGAAAAAGAAGGGCUGGCUGAGGAGUUCCUUUACCAAAGCAUUUUCACGCAAUGCCAAAAUCUCAAAGACCAACCGUCAGGUGAAUAAUAAUGUUCCUGCCGCUGUGGCUGAAAUGGGUCUCCCACCACCAUCACCCAAUACGAGUGUUCAGGAGAAGGUGAGUAGUACCCCUCCGUCACCCAUAAAGAGCCCCGUGAAGCAACCCGUGACUGUGAUUGAGAAUGCAAAGCCCAUUGAUGCAAUUGUGGAAUUCGAUGGGAGUCACAUUGUGGAGGAUUUGAAGAAGCAACUCCGCGAGAAGGAUCUCGUACUCACGGACAUACGGCUCGAAGCACUGAGUUCAGCGUCACAGCUGGAGAGUCUCAAGGAUACUGUGAUGAAGAUGCGGGCAGAAAUGAUAAAUUUAAAGCAAAACAAUGAGAGACUUCAGAAGCUCGUAACUAGUCGCUCACUUGCGGGAAGUUCCGGGAGUUUGGGUGCUCCACUGAGCCCCAAUGGGAGCUUGAGUGAACCACGACGAUAUAGUUUAGUGGAUAAUGUAUCACGACCCCCAAUGGAAUUACCAAAUAGCUUUGAGGAGACCGAAGAAGAAAAUAUCCCACCAGCCCCAGCACCAGAUCCACCCCAAUCGAUGAGUCCAACAUCCCAUAUUGAUUUAACUCCACCACCCCAAGUGGAGAGUGUGCCUCCGGAAGCCCUAAAUACAGGUGCCGUUGUGGAUGACAUUGAUCAUCUCGAUGGGAAGAAGAUUUCCAUUGCGGUGUACCUGGGGCAACCGGAUUCAUUUCAAAAGUACUCCGAGGAGAUUAUGGACUGUGACUACUACUACGCCAAUCUACCCCCAACGGAUAGCCUGAGUGCCAAUGGUGGGGAGAAUGGAGAUAAUGCGAAUUUCAAUGAAUUCACAAUCGCCUUCACGUAUAUUUCCGGCAAAACCACAUGGCAGAAUCUCGACUACAUCGUCCGGAAGACAUUUAAGGAUUAUCUGUCAAAAAUCGAUCCUGGCACGAGUUUAGGGCUCAACACAGACUCCAUCACAUCCUACCACCUGGGGGAGGCGAAAAGAGGCCCCGAAAUGGGCUUCCCGGAACUCCUACCCUGUGGCUAUAUAAUUGGCAACGUGCGCACUCUCUACAUCUGCCUUCAGGGUGUUGGAAGUUUAGCAUUUGAUAGUCUCAUACCCCGUAGUAUUGUUCAUCGCUACAUCAGCCUCCUCACGGAGCAUCGGCGCCUAAUUCUAUGCGGACCCAGUGGCACGGGUAAAUCCUAUUUGGCGCGCAAACUAGCAGAAUUCCUCGUGGCACGCUCAGGCAGGGGUAAUCCAACUGAGGCAAUUGCCACAUUCAAUGUAGACCACAAAUCCUCGAAGGAGCUGCAGCAGUACUUGGUGCAUGUGGCCGAACAGGCGUCCAUGGUGAAUUGUGUGUCGGAAUUGCCAUCGGUGAUAAUUCUCGAUAAUUUGCAUCAUGCAUCAGCACUGGGUGAUGUGUUCUCGUGCCUUCUGAGUGCGGGACCAGCGUCAAAGCUACCCUGCAUCAUUGGGACCAUGUCGCAAGCUACGUGCAAUACGACAAAUCUCCAGCUACAUCACAACUUCCGAUGGGUGCUAACGGCCAAUCACAUGGAACCUGUGAAGGGCUUCCUGGCCCGCUUUCUGCGACGGAAGCUCUUUGUGAUGGAACUCACAUCGCAUGCCCCGCAGUCGCAGCUAUCUAGUGUCCUUGCGUGGCUACCGACGGUGUGGCAGCACAUCAAUCGCUUCCUCGAGACGCACAAUUCGAGUGAUGUCACCAUUGGGCCGCGUCUCUUUCUCACGUGCCCACUGGACAUGAAUGAUUCCCAAGUGUGGUUCACGGAUGUGUGGAACUACCAUUUGGCACCAUAUCUAGUCAAUGCUGUGCGCGAAGGUGUACAGCUCUAUGGGCGCCGCGGUGGUGUCUGGGUUGAUCCGUCAACCUACAUCCGUGACACGUAUCCCUGGCCAGUGGGACCAACCACAGUUCCGUCUCUGCGGCAAAUUAAUGCAGAGGAUGUGGGACUUGAGGCGGGACCAACGGGCAGUAGUGAACAACAGGAUCCACUGCUUAACAUGCUAAUGAGGCUUCAAGAGGCUGCCAACUACACAAAUAACCAGGAUCAAGAAUCGGAUUGUGCUAGUCUCGACUCGAAUAUAACGCAAGAUAGUUUUGCGGGAGGCGAUUAAAUAAACUAAAAAAAAGUCACUGAUUUUAGAAUCUUUUUUUUUUCAUUCUUUAAUAAUUUUACAAAGUUCUAAUAUCUUCCCAAAAAAAAUGUAUUUUUUUUUUAUUUUCUGUGUUGUUAUUUGAAAAAAAUAUAAAAUGAUUUAUUCGAAAAGAUGAAAAAAAAAUGUAAUUUCUUAGGCAAUUUUUAUAGAUGAAUAAUUUUAUUUUAUUUCAAAUUAACCAAAAAAUAUGAAGGAGCUUCUCGAGUUUUGAGGUAAAAUGAAAGUUCUAACGUCCAUGAGUGGUUUUUUAUACAAAAUAGUUUUUUAUCCUUUUUCUCUCACUUUUAAACAAAACAAAAAAUAUCCUAGAGUUUGAUUUUUCACUUGAGUUACAUUGCUAGAUGAUGAAGAAUGAAAAGAAUAUCACUCAAAUACAUAACAUUUAUACCAUUUUGACUCAUUGCAUCAUUGUACUUCCAUUAAAAUUUAAUAAAAAAAAACUUUACCACUAAAUAAUAGUAUUUACAUCAAAUUUAAAUUUAUAAAAAAAUGAAUACUGUGGAAGAAUCAUUACUUAAGAUUUACAACUCAUCAAAAAAAAAUAGCUACAAUUAUAUCUAUAUAUACCUACUAAAAAAGAAAACAAGAAUAAAACAAUAAUAAACUUAAUAACAAAAUAAAAUAAAGAUGGAAACGAAUUCGCAUAAAUUUUAUACUUUCAUAAAACAGUGCUUGGAAUGAGAUGAUAAAAAGAAAAUAAAAUAAAAUAACUUAUACUCUUCAUAAAUGAAUAAAAAGUGUAUAUAAUGAGGACAACAUAAUUUUGUUUCAAUAAUUUAAUGAAAACAAAAAAUAUAACAUUUCCAGCAUA